CUUGCGCAAGGAUGCUCUUCAGACCAAGGAAGUGUUCAUUCAUUUUUUGAACAGUUGAAAUGUACCGAUACCGCUCAGCUGAUGUAUUUAGCUACAGUUGAUAGCCAUUUACGCAAUAUAUGAGAACAAAUGUUCGUUUUAGUAGUUCAGACAGGCAAAAGAAUUAAUCGAUCAUCAUUAGCUUCUCGCCCGCUGAAUUGUUUCCAGCGUCGCAUAGAUCUGUUCCAAACCUGUACCUGUGUCAAACGCUAGCUAUUUGUAGAUAAUGCAAAUUGUCUGUCUGUUCUGAUUUAAGGAUGUUUAACAUCUGUUUUAAGGUUGUUACUGAAUAAUUGGAAAUGCUUUGCUAAAUGAUUUUCCAAUCACCGAUUGCUUUGAAGUUGAACAUAGUCCAGCGUAGGUCAACUAUUUACUGCUAGCUGGCUAGCAAAAAUUGUCUUUAUACAAACAUGGAAUUCCAGGAAACAGCAAACACAGUUGCCGAUAACCUUUUCAGCUACAGCAAAGAUCAGUCUGGAUGGAAAGUCUGUAAAAAAUCGAAUGACGUUGUUGUUUAUUGGCGACCAUCAACAGAAUUUCCCGGGAAUGUGUACAAAGGUGAGGGUGUAAUUAAUGCGUGCCCAGAGAAGGUGUGGGAAUGCUUAAAACCCGAACCCAAUGGCAUUCGUGUCAAGUGGGACAGCAAUGUCAAGAAGUUUGAGCUGCUUGAACAAGUCACUGAGGACAUCUCAGUGUGCAGAACCGUAACUCCGUCGGCAGCCAUGGGUAUUAUAUCACCACGAGACUUUGUAGACGUUAUUUUAGUGAAGCAAUACGAAGAUGGCACCAUAACAUCAAAUGCAACCCACGUAGAACACCCUGGCUGUUCUCCUCAGGCUGGCUAUGUCAGGGGCUUAAAUCACCCAUGCGGGUGCUUCUGUGCUCCCAUCCCUGGGGAACCAGGCAAAACCCAGCUUUUUGCCUUCUUCCAGACAGAUCUGGGAGGCUUGCUUCCGCGCUCUGUCGUGGAUUCGUUCUUCCCGUCCAGUAUGACGGAGUUCUACAACAACCUCAAGAAAGUAGUGAAGUCUCUGAAAUAGCACACACAGCCGUCAGCCGUGAGGAAACUGUACCACCCAACACUCAGCAAGAGAUUAGGAUAUCUUUUAUGAUUUCUUUUCCGAAGAUAAGGUUUUUUUGUGUCUAUUAAGGGAAAUGUUGUUUGUGUUUGACCAAGACAGUAUCAGAAGAGAUGUUACCUCUGACUUUGUAUGAAACUGUUCACAUUAACUAAUGUUAGCAAAAUGAUGUACUAUAAAGCAUGUAAUGUUUUUUUUAUUGGAAAUCUGGACCAGAAAAAGGGACAUGAUGAUUCAUUUUCUUAAAUAAUUUUAACCGCACAAAUUACACGAUCCUUUACAUUUCUUGUGUAUAAUGAAAUUCAUUCCUUUUUCUAGAUAAUGAUUCAUAUAUGAGGCAUGUUCAUAGGGUCUGCACAGAUCAUAUGGAGUGGAGGUUUUGCCCUUAUUUUCCAAACUUUAAAAAAAAAAAGAAUCCUCAUAUUUAUCUGUAUUUUGUUCCUGAAUAUGAAUGACAUGUUUCACACUACAUCCUUAGUGCAGGUCCUUGUUGCUUCUUGUUUACAUUUCAGAAAAUAUUUACAAAAUCAUGAAAGAAAAGAAAAAAGAUCAAGAGGGCAUAGUGGUAGACAUUUACCAUGUUAUCUGGAAACCUGCUGAAUGGCCAGUUGUGUUAUCUGGCGUGUAACUGGACUCAAUCCCUCUGUUGAGUGUGUCCUCUGCCAUUUACACUGUGAUCAAUGGUUUUAUGUAAGGGAGCAUGACUGUCUGACCUAGUCUUGGUGUGUUUGCACCGCUCAAUGUUAUGUACUCUAUCGUCAGUGAUAUGCAUGAUCUCGAACACAGUUGCAAAAAGAGCCAUGUGAUCGGAUGAUAGGUGUGAGCCUAGCAUCCCAUCAAUAUUCGUUUUGCAAAGGAGUAACUGCCUGCCUUUCAUAGUUGCAUUCUGUUAGAAUUACUGUACCAUGGCCUUGUUUUGUGUGCCAAAACCAGCUGAUAUUUCUGUUGUUAGAAUUUGCUCUGUGGUCAGCGCCACAUAGUGUGCUCAGUGGCUAUAGGUUAUCAAUACUAAUUAUUUCAGUCAUUUGUUUGGUUGGUUCGUUGGUUGUUUCAGUCCGUGUUGAAUGCUGUGUUUGAUUCCUCCACAUUGAAAUCAACUGCUGCUAUGGAAGGUGACAUAUGUACUGUAUGUUAACUUGCUGGUACCUGACAGAAAAAAAAUCAGAUCACUUCUAUAAAUCACUCCUGAGACUUUUGUAUUUCACCAGCGUCCCUAAUAAAAGAAUACCACACUAUCCACCAGGAGUGGGAGUUUGCAUGAUGGUGAAUGGUAGCAGCUUCCUGUA